CUGCAUAUACCGAGGCUUUAAUUUAACUUUUGGUUAAUGCAGAUGGCGUCUCGUGGAAAUUGAUGCUGAUCUGUCAAAGCUGGAUUCAGAGUCAAAGCAUGUUAUGUCACUGAUUAGUCCAGCAAAUACAUACAUGGACCUUAACAUUGGGAUAGCCUUAUGGUUGGCAGCUGGUGGAGAUGGCUGGGUAAAUGAAGGAGCUUCUGGAAAUUGUGAAAAAACCGCUCAGCGUCAUAAGUACAAAUCAGAAGCUAGAAUUUUAUUGGUUGGUUCAGGUGCGGAUGAGCAAUGUGCUGGCUAUGGUAGACACAAAACUAAAUAUAGGCAAGGAGGUUGGCUCACGUUGCAGGAGGAGCUGAAGUUGGAUAUGCAAAGAAUCUGGAAAAGGAACCUUGGCAGAGAUGAUAGAUGCAUUUCUGACCAUGGAAAAGAGGCUAGAUUCCCUUUCUUGGAUGAGAAUGUUAUAAGAUACCUGUUAGAUGUUCCUCUGUGGGAGAUUGCUGAUCUUGACCAAUCGACUGGCAAAGGCGAUAAGAAAAUCCUAAGAGAGGUUGCUUGGUUGCUGGGACUGGAUAAAGCAGCUACCUUACCGAAGAGAGCAAUCCAGUUUGGCUCCAGGAUAGCAAGAGAAUCAAACAAGAAAAAUUUUGGCAGCAAUCGUGCUGCAAACCAGGCGUCUGCUGGUGGUGUGGUAAUUCACUCUUUGCUGCAUCGAUAGGUGAUUGUUUCAGCAUCUAGAUCCAAGAACUUAGAUAUGGUGACCUUGCUUGUUGUGGGUUCAAGUUAAACCAAGUGAGUGGUGGGUCGGCCAUUGGAUAUCAGCAUGAAGGUGCCACUGGAGCCAAGUGAGCUAGAUUUAGUUGUAGAAUUGCGAAGGGUAUCUUACCUUGGUGCAUUGCCUUCUUCCUUUACACUGAAUCGGAAUGGUCAUUUUCAAUCGUUUAUUUGGCAAGUUUGUAGCUUUAGUUGUAUUUCUCUUCACGUUAUGUGAAGUAGGCGAAAGAAAUGAAUGGUUCCAUUUUGAAUAUUUUUUUUUCUGCUAUUUGUUAAAGUACUUCUGAAUAUUAAAUAUCAAAAAUGUAUUUUUGCAAAAAGGUCAUAUUUUUCGAUAAAAUUUUGAAGAGGUGCAGGUUGAACCUGCAUCUUCGGUAUUAUAGCCGGUUGCUUCCAGUGCCGCACUCUUGGGCACUAAUUGGAAACAGGAUGUUAGGGUGUUAUA